AUGAUCCAGAUAUCAGCGUGGUGCUUUGUCGUUUGUUGAAAGAGUGGAGGAAACCAGCUGUUGAGGAACUUCAUGUCGAUGUGCUGUGCUGCUCGUGCUGUCUGGGCCCAGUUUGAACUGUUGUUGCUACAACAGCGGGUUCUCUAUAUCAAGUCAGCUGCCCACACUACUCAAGCUAAACUGAGGAUGGUUGUACCGAAACAGUUAGUGGAGCAGGCCCUUGUCGAAGUUCAUGAUGGCGUUGCUGGCGCCCACCUUGGAGGAAUGGAGAGUCUAAUGAAGAUGAAAGCUAGAUUCCGGAGGCCUGGCACGACCACAGAGGUGCAUUGUUUCUACGAUCGAUGUCUGACAUGUGCCAAGUGUAAGCCAAGGGCGAAACCCAGAGCACCACUGUGGUCAUUUACCUCUGGCAACCCC